AUGUCGAAACGUUGUCGAAGAAAGUUAAUAAAUAAUAUUAUUGAUGAUGAAGAGGAAUUGGGUGGUAAAUCUAAUUCAAAAUUACCGAUAUUUGAAAAACAGAGUCCACCAAAUAGUAAUACCAAGCCAACUUGGGCAAGUAAACCUUCUAUCGAAGAUUCUAGUGAUGAAGAGAUUUUUCCAAUAAAACGUCUUAAAAAUUCUGACUCUCUUCAAAUAGAAGAAAACAAAACUUCUUAUCUUCCAAAAGAAUCUGGAUCGCCACAAAAAGUAAAUAUUUUUGAAGAAAUUAAACAAACUGAUAUUCGGAAACAAAAACUGAUCACGAAUAAACAUGCAAACUUUUUCAUUAUUACAAGUACAGGCAAAUUAUAUAACAAAGCAAAAAUAGGAGUUGAAUAUGCCAAAAAUAACGAUGAAAGGAACCCUGUUGAAACCAAUGAACUAGAAGAAACAAUUUAUUUGAGUCCUAAUGAAAGUGAAAAUACAGAAAACGAUACUUUAGACGAAGAAGAGGCAUUACCCAGCCGCCAAAUUAACAAGAACGAUGAUGACGAGUGGAUAGACAUAUCAGAAAGUCCCGUAAAUUUUGAUGAAUUUGUUGGUGAAAAUACCUACAAUAUACCGUCGUUUGUAAAAUCAUCUGAAGAUGUAUAUAAAUUAUUUGUAACAGAAGAGAUGAUCAAUAAAAUGGUGUCUGAGACAAACAAUUAUGCACGAAACUAUUUACGAACAAACCAACUAAAUAUGAAACGUAAAUCACGUAUGAAACACUGGACUGAUACUAAUUUGCAGGAAAUGAAAACAUUUCUGGCAGUUGUGAUGGCAAUGGGUUUGUGUAAAGUUCCUCUUAUAAAUUUGUAUUGGAGCAAAAACAAUUUAUACAGAAACGAAUUUAUAAGUUCAGCAAUGACAAGAGACAGAUUUUUACUCUUAUUAAAAUGCUGGCAUGUCAGUGAUGUCUCAAAUGAUGAUAAAACUGACAAACUAUAUAAAAUCAGAGAUAUGCUUUCUAUGAUAACUGUCAAUUUUCAGAACAUAUUAAACCCCGGCAAAUACGUAGUAAUUGAUGAGACAAUGAUACCCUGGAGAGGACGAUUAGGCUUCCGUCAAUAUAUAAAAAACAAAUCUCACCGAUAUGGUGUUAAGCUGUACAAGCUUUGCACCCCUGAAGGUUAUACCUACCAGAUAGAGAUUUACACAGGUAAAACAGAUCAGAAGAAAGAAGUUGAUCACAGUCAAAAAGUAGUAUUAAGAUUGAUGAACAAUUUAAUUGAACAGGGAAGAAUCGUGAUAGUAGAUAAUUUCUAUACUUCGGUGACUCUAGCAGAAAAACUCCUAUCACAAAAAACUUUUGUAUGUGGAACUUUAAACGUACGAAGAAAAUAUUUGCAAAAGAAAGUUGUUAAUGCGAAUAUAAAGAAGGGCCAGAUUAUUGGAAAAAUGAACAAAAAGGGCGUAAAAGUAUUGAAAUGGGUAGAUAAAAGAAAUGUUUUAAUGUUAACUACGUGCAAAGAUCACGACGACAAACUAAUAGAUACUGGAAAAAAGAAGAGAGGCACUAACGAAUGCAUUAAAAAACCAGGAUGUGUUAUAAUAAAUAUAUAUAUAAUUAUAAAACAAAAAAAGGAAUUGACUAUAGUGACCAAAUGUCUUCUUAUUAUACAACAUUAA